UGUCUGCCAUCCGGUCGGAGCUCAGGUCUGUUCGCUGACUCAGUGCCUAAAGCAGCAUCACCGCUCAUCCGGACAGAACCACAGCAUCCUCUGCGGAGAAAGCCCAUCAGCCAUGGCUAAAACAGCGACCGCAUACAAAGAGAAGAUGAAGGAGUUGUCCGUCCUCUCCCUCAUCUGCUCCUGCUUCUACCCGGAGGCUCGCAAGAAACUUGUCUGCAAAUUUGAAGACUUGGAGGUGAAGCCUAUAGACAAGCGAGCUUCAGGACAGGCCUUUGAGGUGAUUCUCAAGCCGUUGUCUCCGGUGUCGGAUGUAGCCCACAGCCUCCUCUCACCCCCAAAAAGGGAUAUCUCUUUGGAGGAUAUUGAGAAGAAACUGGAGGCUGCUGAAGAGAGGAGAAAGUACCAAGAGGCGCAGGUGCUGAAGGUUUUGGCGGAAAAGCGAGAGCAUGAGAGGGAUGUGUUGCUAAAAGCCAUGGAGGAGAACAGCAACUUCAGCAAGAUGGCAGAGGAGAAGCUCCAGAUAAAGAUGGAGCAGAUUAAGGAGAACCGUGAAGCCCACCUGGCAGCCAUGAUGGAGCGCCUGCAGGAGAAGGAGAGGCAUGCCAACGAAGUGCGCAAGAACAAAGAGCUGAGGGAAGUGUUGCUAGCAUGAGCCUCACACAAAUCCUGACUUCUGUCCGUCCAUCUAUCCUCGACCUGCCCUCAACCCCUCCAAAAAAGACAGUUGACCCUGAAGGUUGAGAGGCUCAAGGAUCUCACCUUUUCAUCACUGCACAUUUUAUCACAACAAAGUGCUCACAGCUAUCAGUAGUAGUGAUACAAACAUCGAUAACACCCUUUUGUUGUUG